AACACGAUCUCAUCCCAUGGUUCAUGGCUGCUAUGAGAACAACCCUUCUUGCAUGACGACGACGACGACGACGACGACGACGCUAGCUGCUAGCCACCAAAACGCCGAGUUUCCGGGACAUCGGCCGCUUGUCUCUCUGGGCCACAACCGUGUGCAAACUGCAACGGGUACAAAUACCCCCCACACGCUAGCUCCCGAGUUCCGACGACAGCCUCAUCCCGAUCUGCUAUCUACUUGCAUUAUUAUUGUGUGCACUUGCAUUGUCCGUGCAGUACAGAGCUUCCCCAAUCAAAUUAAGAUCCCCGUCGUCUCCCUCUCAUGGCUCCUACCGCUCAUCAGCAGGCAGCGCGGGAGGAGCUGCUGGAGGAGAAUAAGAGCCACCGGAGGAAGGACAACACCGUCGUCGCCAACAACGGCGGCAACAACAAGCAGUCGGCGGCGGCGUUGGUGCGGUGCCACCCGGCGCUGGCGGAUCAUCCGGACCGCAAGGCGUCCAUCAGGGGCGUGGUGGGCGAGCUGCUGUCGAUGGCCGGGAGCGGCGGCAAGGGCGGCAGGAGCCUCAUCUCGCUCGGCGUCGGCGACGCGUCCUGCCACGCCUGCUUCCGCCGCGGAGGGGAGUUCGCCGCCGAGGCCGUCGCCGACGUCGCCAGGUCCGGCGCAUUCGACUGCUACGCGCCGUCCCAUGGAUUCCCCGCCGCACGCCGCGCGGUCGCCGACUACCUGUCCGCGGGCGCGCGCCACCGCACCCAAGACGCCGACGUGUUCAUGACGGUGGGCGGCUCUGGCGCGAUCGCCGUCAUCACCACGGUGCUGGGCGGGGCUCCGGGGGCCAACAUCCUGCUGCCGCGCCCGGGCUUCUCGCCGUACGAGGCGGCCUGCGAGAUCGCAGGCGCCGAGCCCCGGUUCUACGACCUGCUGCCGCGCCGUGGCUGGGAGGCCGACCUCUCCGGCGUCCGCAGGCUGGUUGACUCCGCCACGGCCGCCAUCGUUGUCAUCAACCCCAAUAAUCCAUGCGGCGUCGUCUACUCUGCUCAACACCUUCUACAGAUUGCUGAAACUGCAAGAGAUUUGGGGAUUCCGAUCAUAGCAGAUGAGGUAUAUGCACAUAUGGUUUUUGGUGGCAGCAAGUUUGUGCCCAUGGCCUCCUUAGCUCACAUUGCGCCGGUUAUCAGCAUCGGAGCUCUGUCAAAGAGAUUCAUGCUACCAGGAUGGCGUCUUGGUUGGUUGGCCUUCUGUGAUCCUAAUGGCGCACUCAAGCAUGUCAGGACUGCGACAGAGAUGCUGCUGAAUGUGACUUCUGGUCCUGCCUCCAUAGUUCAGGCGGCAGUUCCGAAGAUUCUUUCAGUUGAACAUCCGGAGUUCCACAGGAAUGUUGUUGACCUCCUUGAGUCUGCAGCGGACGCUCUGUACAGAAGAGUGAACCAAAUUGAAGCCCUGAAGUGCUACUCAAAGCCUGAGGGUUCAAUGUUUAUCAUGGUUGAGAUCAACACUUCAAUUCUACAUGGUGUUGCUGAUGACAUGGACUUCGCACGUGAACUGAUCAAAGAAGAAUGUGUCCUGGUUCUGCCUGGUUCUAUCAUUGGGUUGAAGAACUGGGUUAGGAUAUUUUUCGGAGCACCUGUCAAUUUAAUACUAGAAGCCUGCGACAGGAUUGAGUUGUUCUGCCGGAGAAGGAUGCUCAAGCAAAACAACUGAAAAAUUGACGUUGUUCUGAAACCAGCAAUUAGGGAUUUUGUUAGCCCAGUAAUAACAUAUAUAUAGCUUGAGUUUUUUUUUUCCAAGAUAUAUGAUGCACAAUACGAGGUUUGUAUAUAGAAUCUGAGAACAGGUGCUUAUCUAUAGUUGAAUAUAGGUUAUACAAAUAAUUCAGAAGUAACGGUGUACACACUUGUCACUUCUUUACUUGCACCAUUUGCUUGACAGAUGCAUUAAGGUUAGUCUUUUCAGUGAUCAAACAACAAGGAAAAGAGCAAGCUAAGUUCAUAUA